CAGAACCCAAGGCCUUUUGUUGAGUGACUGGGAGGAGAAGAUGUCGUCCACCAUAGAAUACAUAAGGAAGGGUUUCUGCUCCUUGGGACAAACUUGAACCAUCUCAUCAUCACAAUCAUCUCUUCCAGUCUCCUACCCUCUCUCUAUUCACUCGCUACCAACUCCUCCGCCCACCAAACACCACUUCAUUUCGACAACAUGAAGUCUGUCUCCAUCGCUACCCUCGGCCUCAUGGCCUCGGCCGUCUCCGCCGGCGUCGUCCGCGACCUCAUCAACACCGAAGUGACUGUCACCCCGUCCGACAACAUCGCCGACUGCGCCCAGGUCGAGGAUAUCCGUGCCCUGGGACCCCCUGAUAACCACCACUACUUCUGGCACGUCGAGCAGUUCUUGGCAAUCUACAAGAAGAAGAAGCACCAUAAGGGCGACGAUGACCGCGAGGAAAACCUUGAGGAAAACCUCGAGGAUGACGUCGAGGAUGACAUCUAUCCCAGCGAAAACCGAAUCAUCAAGUACAAGUACGAGUUUGACGUCACCGGUCCCGAUUACGAGGACUGCAACUACAACAUUCCCGAUUUCGUGGCCUGCUGCGAUGGCCACGCCGUCGGUAGGCCCAGCUCGGAAUGGGAGCAGUGCAAGCUGAAGGUCGGCAAUGAAGAGAGGCAGAGCGUCUACUCCCGCAUUCUCCACCACCAUCACCACCGCCGCGACGUCGAGGACGAUAGCGAGGCCAACGACCAGGAGGACCAAGAGAACGGUUUCCAGGUCACCGACGGCGACCGCCACCACCACCACAAGAAGGAGGCCUUCUUCGCCAUCAGCUACACCUACUACCAGCCCUGGCACCACGGCCACAUCCACUGGAACUACACUUCCUACUUCAAGGAGUAUUUCACCAAGAAGCACCACCACGAGGAACUCAAGGAGUUCGCCCUCCAAGUCGACCACACCGACGAGAUCGCUUAGAUCAUUCCCGAUCCUCCGCCACUCCUGCAAAGUGCGCCAUGAACCGAAGAUGUGGUUCUCAAGAACAAGAAAGAGUUGGAUGUUGGGUGCAAUGGUGUGUGCAAUUGGUGCUUGAAAAUCAGGACAUAACUUAUACUUGUGUCUUUAUAAUGGUAAUUCUAGGUAGUCACUCAUUCAGUUAUUAACUCGUCUGUAAUUUCUUG